GGGGUCUGGAGGCACCAGCCAUGGAGCCGUACGUGCUGCUGGACCCACGACAGAGAGCGCUGUAUCGUGAUGUGAUGCAGGAGAGUUACGAGACGCUGAUGGCGCUGGAAUUCCCCGUUUCCAAACCCGAUCUGCUGUCCCACCUGGACCACGGGGAUGAACCUACAGCCCUGGAUCUCCACGUGCCCAGGGAAACUCCGGCCGCAGAGGAUGGAGCAGGAGUGGAGCAGGAACCCCCUCGAGAAGAAGCUGCUGAGAAAGAGCCCAAAGUGGUGAAACCUGCGGGCGAGAAGCAUCCAUCUAGCCCCACCGAUGCCGGAGUGAAGGUGGGCAGGAGUGGGGGACCAGGGGAAACGACCACACGCCCAGGCGAGAGCCAACCCAGCAACACGUGUGGCGAGUGCGGGAAGAGCUUCAGCCACAAGUCAGCCCUGGUGAAACACCAGAAGAUCCACACCGGCGACCGCCCGCAUGAGUGCCCUGACUGCGGCAAGUGUUUCAUCCAACGCUCUGACCUCACCAUCCACCAACGGGUCCACACAGGUGAGCGACCCUACGCCUGCCCUGACUGCGGCCGCCGCUUCAGCUGCGGCCGCAGUUUUGCCGAUCCAGGAGCCCUCGACCGGCACCAGAAGAGCCACCUGGGUGGGAAACCCUACGAGUGUGGUGUGUGUGGGAAAGCCUUC